UUUUGCAUGAGCAGUCGAGAAGUCGCGGCCGAGCCUGACGAUGGCGGCUUCCAGGCGUACCGCGAGAAGUUCAACGAGACGAUCGCCGCGCCCAAUGGACCGCUCCUGCGCGUGAUCCAACCGCCGCUGGAUGGCCUCCUCGAGUCCAAGCGCACCGAGCUCAUCGAGACCGCCGAGGAGAACCUCGAGGAGGACAUGGACGAGCUCAAGGACGCGACGCAUAUCCGCAACGUCGAGAUCCAGCGGCAGUUUGAUGCAAUUCUGACACGCGGCCACCACUUUGAAGUCAAGCUGGCGGACGAGACGCGGCAGCGCGACGAGUCGAUUGCGAUGCUCAAGGCCUCGUUCACGUCGGCUUUUGACGACGCGUAUGCCGAGAUGGAGGCCAAGACGAACGCUGCGUUCAACGGUCGGCUAGACGAGACGAUCGCGAACGAAGAGGCGCGCGAGAACAACGUGCAAGUGCUCUUCGACGAGUUCAUCCAAGUGACUGUGCCCAAUAUCAUUGAAGCGCUCCAAGGCACGAUCACAAGGCGGCUGGAAAAGUCCCACGAGACGUUCGACAUUGACAACACCAAGCUCCUCAAGCGCGAGAAGAAGAUGACGUCACAGGUCGAGGGCCACGAGCGCAAGACCGCACAGGCGUUCGGGGAUGAAAAGGACCGGCGCGUCUCGACAUUCGUCGCGUUGCAAGAGGCCAUUCACGCCACGAUGCGCACCGACGACCGCCAGACGGAGCGAAAGCAGAGCGCCCACAUCGAGACGAUCGUCGCCUUGUACAACCAGUACCUCGAAGAGAAGGAGAUGCGGGAGACAGAGGACGCCGAGCUCCUCGAGAAGGUCUCGAGCGCCAUGGAGCGCCUCCAUGCGAGCAUCCUCGAGACCUUUGGCGAAGAGAAAUGAACCAAAGCCAAGCGGCGUCUCCGCAUGGCAACCUGCGUCCUGCGAGGUGUUUUGAAUCCAAAUCUAUUCGACUUGUACUUUGUCUCC